AAAAAAAAAACAAACAAACAAACAAAAAAGGUCAGCUGACGCUUCAACAAGUAGGUAGGCGCAUGUUCCCCGCGCACUGAUGCGCUCCGGUGCGUCCGGACUGUGCGGUCCACCGUCCCGUCCCGUUCAUCUUUGCUUGUAGUAUGAGACAGCAUGGCUUGGUGUGAGCGCGGGGUUCAGACGCUGCUGGUCACCGCGGGGGCUUUCGCCGCCUUCAGCCUCAUGAGCAUCGCCAUCGGCACGGACUACUGGCUCUACUCGCGGGCGCACAUCUGCAACGGAACCAACGCCACCGCCGACGAGUCCCAGCCGCAGCCCAGGAGCAGGAAAGGGGACCUGACGCACUCGGGACUCUGGAGGAUCUGUUGUAUUGAGGGCAUCAAUCAAGGCAGCUGUUACAGAAUCAACCAUUUCCCCGACGACAACGACUACGACACGGACAGCUCAGAAUACUUGCUGCGUAUCGUGCGAGCCUCCAGCGUGUUCCCCAUCCUCAGCACGGUGCUGCUAAUGCUGGGCGGCUUGUGUGUCGAAGCGGGUCGAGUUUACAGCAAGACCAACAACAUCCUUCUCAGCGCAGGCAUUCUCUUCGUGGCCGCAGGUCUAAGCAACAUCAUUGGCAUCAUCGUGUACAUCUCAAGCAACGCGGGUGACCCCAACGACAAACGGGACGACGACAAGAAGUACACAUACUCGUACGGGUGGUCCUUCUACUUCGGUGCCCUGUCUUUCAUUGUGGCCGAGACGGUGGCCGUGCUGGCCAUCAACAUCUACAUUGAGAAGAACAAGGAAGUACGCUGGCGGGCGCGGCGCGACUUCAUACGCUCGCUCUCGUCCUCAUCGCCAUACUCGCGCAUCCCGAGCUUCCGCUAUCGCCGGCGGACGUCUCAGGGCAGCUCGCACUCUACUGAGGCAUCGCGGGAAAACUCCCCUGCGGCAGGUCUGAAGGGGGCCAGCAGUGGCUGUGGGCCCCUAGACGAACUGUCUAUGUACGCCCUGGCACGGGACAGCGCGACGGACAAUGCGUACAGCCCCGAACAUGAGGGGGCUGCGGAAUUCCUCCAGGUACAUAACUGUUUCCCCAAUGAUUUGAAGGACGGGGUGAAUCGCAGGACCACGCCCGUGUGAGCUGCGCAAUGACAGUGGUGUGGUGAGGAUAUUAAGAAAAACCAGAGGUGCGAUCUGCUGGAGCCUGACGGCUUGCUGUAGCCUGACUUCUUUGGGGUUCGGCCCCCAGGGGGUGUCCGCUGCCAGGUGACAUGGAAAGUCAACCGGACGCCACACGCGAAAAAAGUGCUCACGCUGUACUUACUGUAAGUAGAAGUACGUACACUUGUGUAAAAAAAUAUAAAGACUGGUAAAAGUGAUUCCUGUACUUAAGUAAAAGAAUACAGAUUGAAAUCUGCGUGAGUACAAAGUAAAAAGUGAAUGUUUACUGUCAGUUAUAUACAGUACCAGUUUCAUACAAUAACUUGGUUUGAUGAACGAGUGCCAAUUUUGACCCACUACUGUAAUUCAACCUUACAAGUCAAUUACUGUGCUGCACUAGUAAUACCGCUAACCCAACCAGUAGGCAUAUGUUACAUACCAGUAGGUUCUUUGAAAUAAUGAGUAUGAAAAGUAUUUAGAAUGCCUUAAAUUUUGCACUCUUUGUUAUAUUGCUGUCACUUGCAAAAAUCAUUUAAGUUCAUUUGUUCCCAUCAUUAAUGUACACAUGGCACCCCAGACAGAAAAAAAAUGGAAAUGCUGACAUUUUUGCAGGUUUAUUUAAAAAGAAAAACCGAAACAUCACUCAAUUUUGUCCAUUUCUUUGGAUCAUCCUUGAGACUCACAGUUCAUGUCAAAGAAAAUGAGAAUCAUUUGGUGAAAGGAAGUGCCUGAAGAGCUCAGAGACAAAAUUGUGGCAUGGCACAGAUCUGGCAAAGGUUAUGAAAAAAAUAAUCUGAAGAGCACAAUGGCCUCCAUAAUCCUUAAAUGGAACAUAUUUGGGAUGACCACAACCCUUCCCAGAGCUGAAUGUCCGGUCAAAUUAGCAAUUGGGGGAGGAGAAAAGACUUGGUGAGAGAGGUAAAGAAAAAAGGUCACAGUGGCUGAGCUCCAGCGAUGUAGUCAGAAAGUUCUAGAAAGACAAUCAACCAGUCGGGGCUUUAAGACAGAGUGGCCAAAUGGAAGUCUCUCCUCAGUCCAAGACACAUGAAAACCUGUAUGCCGUUUGCUAUAAAAACACCUGAAGGUAAUAAAUAAUAUUCUUUGGUCUGAUGAGACCAAGGUAUAACUUUUUGGUCUUAAUUCUAACCAAUGUUUGGAGAAAGUGAGGCACUGCUCAUCACCAGUCUAAUACAAUCACAACAGUGAAGAAUGGCAGUGGCAGCAUCAUGCUGUAGGGGUGCUUUUCAUUUCCAGGGACUCGACGGCUGGUUGAUAUUGAAAGAAAGGUGAAUGCGGCCAAGUAUAGUGAUAUCCUGGACGAAAAUCUUCUUCAGAAUGCUCAAGACAUCAGACUGGGCCGAAGAUUCACCUUCAACAAAGACAAUGCUCCAAAGCACAGCUAAAAUAACAAAGGAGUAACUUCAGGAGAACUCUUGUGACUGUUCUUGAAUGGCCUAGCCAGAGCCCUGACUUAAACUUAAAACUGAGCAUCUCUGGAGAGACCUAAAAAUGGCUCUCCACCAACAUUCACCAUCCAACCUAAUAUAACUGGAGAGGAAGUGCACAGAGAAAUGGCAGAGGAUCGCCAAACUCAGGUGUGGAAAAACAUGUUGCGUCGUUCCCUAAAAGACUCAUUGUUGUAUGCGCUCAAAAGGACGCCUCUGCUAAAUACAGAGUAAAGGGUCCGAAUACUUAUGGCCAUGUGAUAUUUUUGUUUUUCUUUUUUAAUAAAUCUACACUAAUAUAGGGUGUUGUGUAUACAUCAAUGAGAAAAAAGGAACUUAAAUGAUUAAAUUGUUGCAAUAUAACAAAAAGACGGGACAAAGCUAAAGGGGUUUGAAUACUUUCCGUACCUUAUCUAUAAUGCUUAAGGUCAAUGUAGUACAUACUGCUCUCAUUAUUAUGAUAAUUCACUGUACUAGUAGAAUGACUAGGAUGCAAUAAAAGAAUGCCUGGGUCUUGCUUGGAACAAAUUUUUCCCAUUUGUGCCCAUUUUGGCCUAUUAGUAUGCAGUUUAACUAAAGGGUCCCCGUAGCUCAGUGGUUAGUCCACUGGUUUGGUAAACCAGGGGUUGUGGGUUCAUAUCCCACUGGGGUCACCACUCCCUGAGAAGGGUUGAAUCAGGAAGGGCAUCCGGCGUAAAAAUUGUGCCAAACGUAUAUAUGCGUUCAUCUGAGAUGACACGCUGCGGCGACCCCGAAAGGGACAAGCCGAAAGAAACACACACAGUAUGCAGUUUAACUUUACUACUCCACUGCCAGGCAUAACUAGUAGAUAUAUGUUACACACUAGUUGCCUUUCUAUGAAGAAUAUUGAAUAAAUUCUCAAAUAUCUUUCCUUAAACCUGUUUGAACAUUGAUUUGAUAUCCUUCAAAUCCUGCAGGUGCUAGGACACUCAUUGUCUUCACUCGUAAAACAAUUCAUCAUUCUGGUAAAAGAACUCGGGAACACAAAUGGAAUUGCUGUCAAACUAGUUAUAUUUGUCUUGUACUCCUGCAUACCAGUACAUAAUUCAACAUUAUUAAUAAACUACUGUGCUUUAUUAGUAAUAUUACUAGGCCCAACUAGGACGCAUGUAUCACAUACUUAUUGCCUCCUUCAUGAAGUAUCCUGGUUAAGAUCUGUGUACCAGUAGGUUUUUUUUUUGUUUGCAAAAAAACUCAGUGCUAUCGUAGAAGAAUUAGGGCGCACUAGUAGAACACCUAUGGUGCACUGUGCUAGUGGAAAUGCUGUGUCAACCCAGUAAUAAAUAAUUUCACUACUAGUUUUCCUUUGGGUCUAGUGGUAUGCAAUUAAACCUUUCGAAUAAACUACUGUCUUGCAAUGGUAGCAUUAUUAAUCCCAACUAGUAGACAUGUGUCUUGUACUUGUAUCUCCUAUCCUUAAAUCAAUGCACUAGUUACUGUCUGUGCUUUGUCCUCACUGGUGAGACAAUUUAGUGCAAGAGUAGAAUGAUUAAGGCAAACUAGUAGAGUAGCCAUCUUACUAGUAACAUUUAAUAAAGGCUAUCUUUUUCCCUCCACUAGUUUCUGCUAGAAUGUAAUUAAACCUGGCUAGUAAACUAUUGUGCUGUAGUAGUAACAGUACUAUUCCCAACUAGGCAUGUAUUACACAUUAGAACCUUUCUUGACAUCCAGCUCAAAAUCCUUAUACUAGUACACAUUUUCUUCACUGGUAUGCCAAAUCAGUGCACUACAAGAAUAGCUAAGGUGCACCAGAAUGGUUUCACAGUAUUUUUUCUUCAGUUCUAGUGCCUUUUUAGUGCAACCAUAAACCUUAAUAGGUUCAGUGCUAGUAACACUACUUGGUCCAACUUGUAGGCAUCUGUCACACACUCAUGGCCUCCUUGACUACAAACAUAAGGGUAGUAUGACAAUUCAGUGCACUAAGAGAACUGAAAUUCAUUUGUGUAGCCCCUAACCACAAAAUAGUCACAAAGGGCUUCACAUGAUCAACUAGGGGUCACUAGUAAAAUGGCUGUCUGACUAGUAAAGAUUUUUCCACUUCUAGUGCCCACUUUAAACCUAGUAGGUCACAAGUUAACCACACUUCUUAAGUACUGUGUUGCACAAGUAACAUGACCAGUAACAAGCGAAAAACAAAGCCAAACUAAUAGGUAUGUGUUACACACUAGAAGCCUUAUGAAUACUAGUAGCCUUCUGCAUAUCAUGCUUGAGGUCCAUGUUCUAGUACGCACUUUGUCGUCUCUAGUAAGACACUUCAAUGCAGGAUUAGAAUAACUAUGGCACAGUAAAAUGUCUCUUACACAUAACAUAUUUCCUCUAUUAAAGUCACUUUUGACAUACUAGUAUGCAAUAAAACAUUACUAAUAAACUGUGAUGCAGUAGUAACAGUGCUAGGCACAACUACUAGUCAUGUUGACAUCCACCACAAGUUUUAUGUACUAGAGCGCUAUUUGUCAUCACAAGUUAGACAAUUAGAAAAAGAACUAGGUUGCACUUGUAAAACAACUGUUUUCGAGGAACAUUUUUUUCCCACUACAUCUGCCACGUUUUAACUACUAAUAGCAAAUUCAACUGAAAUAUUGUGCUGCACUAGUAACAGUACAAAUCCCAACCUGCAGGCAUGUGUCACGUACUAGUAGCCUACGUAUCAAGGACAUCAAACAAAUGGUUUAAUGGCUAUCCAGAUACCCGUUUAAGCAUUUAUUAAACAUCCUUGAUGUCGUACCUAAUGUACUAUGUAUUAGUACAAUCUUUGUCCUGACAAUUGAGUGCACUAGUAUAAAAACUAGGGUGCACUAGUAGAAUGUCUGUGCCUUAUUAGUUACACUAGUAGUAUUUGUGGAGGCCAUUAGUAACACCACCAGGCCCAACUAGUAGGCCUGAGUCAGACACUAGUAGCUUCUUCGACCCUACUACCGCUCCGCCGCGGGAGUAGUUUUGCCUCACUAGUAACAUGUCAUUGUCAUAUUAGAAUGCAGGAACUUCAUACUGUAGACAUGGUAGUUCUAACAGGGGCAGUAGUUGUUUUGCUUGUGUGCUGAAUUCUCUGACAAGUGAGGAAAAAGUCAUAGUAGCACAUAGACCUUUACCUGGAUAGCAACCCUGCAAAAACUCACUCUUACCUGACCUUAUUUUUAGUGAAAACAUCUACUGUACUUAUUUUAAGAUAGGUUUUACACCCCCCCCCCUCCACACACACACCUAAAUGUUCAACACGACAAAAAGACAUUGUAUGAAAAGAGGUUGACUUCUACUAGUGCGUCCUUGGAGACCUGAAAAAGCGCUCACCCACACUUUUUCUCCAAUAUCAUUUUUAGAACGGUUCUCUCAGUUAGAAAAUCACAACUUAAAAAUGACGAAGUCAUAAAACGACUGUAUCGCUUUAAAAGCGACCUUCACUCCACUUGAAAAAAAAAUAGCACAUCAAAUAUAGAAACCUCCUUUUUGCUCCUUCUGGCAAAGUUAUGUAUAGAUAUUAUUGAAUAAUAUAUGAAAAAUGUAUACUAUUAUUUAAGAUCAUAAAAGUGCAUUGUGCCAAUUAAAGGCCUCCCCUCAAAUAAGCGCCUUGAACUACAUUCUUGAUAGAUGCCUGAUAGGCACUUUCCAGUUAUACUGAUCAAGGGAUUUGCAGUAUAAAAAAAUGGACGUUCCGCUACAAACCCAUAGAAUCGCGUACAUUUCAUAUAAAUCCAAAUGUAUUAUAAAAUACUGAAAUUACACUGUAUGAGGAAAUAUAUAUACGCCAAUUUUUGCUUUUGAGUUUGACCUUGUAUGUACUGUACUGCCCAAUAAAGACAAAAAAUAUGAAGAAGGCAGCAUUUUUUUUUUUUUUCCCCCAUAAUCAAGUGUAAUAAAUGUGUCUCGUCGGGAUUCAAAUUUUGUCUUUCCAGCUGAUCUCAAGUCAGAGAAAGCCAUCUGUAUAAUCUUUAUUAUUACAAUGUGUGGGUGUCUGGGAUACAGUAUAUAGGUAUAUCAUACAAUUACAAUGAAUAAAAUAAAUGUGGGGGGGGGACUUGGACAAGUUCGUAAGCAUCAUUUAUUUAAAAUGGUCAAAAAAGAAGUGACGGCAAUAAUAUAUUUUUUUAAAUAUUAGAAUCUGUCUUUUUUUUCUUGGGAAAGGUUGGAAAAAAAACACCUUGAGUGUGUGAUUAUAUGAUUUUCCGGUCCAGUUUUAUUGUUAAUAAGCACAUUUAAGGUUGUUAUGUGUGCUGAAAUAAAGAAAAUGAGGGAAAGAAAAAGCUAUGUAAAAUAGGAAUGGAAAGGUAUGUCAAAUAAAAAAUAAUAAUAAUUUUGUGAUCUGUAUUUUGAUUAAUACAACCUGGACUAAAAUCCUUCCAUCCAUCCAUCAUUUUCUAAGCCGCUUAUCCUCACGAGGGUCACGGGGAGUGCUGGAGCCUAUCCCAGCUGUCAAUGGGCAGGAGGCGGGGUACACCCUGAACUGGUUGCCAGCCAAUCGCAGGGAACAUAGAGACAAACAGACACAGUCACACUCAUACCUAGGGGUAAUUUAGAGUGUCCAAUUAAUGCUGGAUGUUUUUGGGAUGUCGGAGGAAACCGGAGUACCCGGAGAAAACCCACGCAGGCAUGGGGGGAAUAUGCAAACUCCACACAGGUGGGUCCGGGAUUGAACCCGGGACCUCAGAACUGUGACGUCAACGCUUUCCAUCUGAGCCACCGUUUCCAUUCAAUCAAAAUUUUCUGGAAGAAAAAAAAACACUUCUGCUUGCCUUGCUUGUUCGUCACACCUUCUGUCUUUUUUCUCAGGUGUGAUGGUUUCGAAAAAAUCUAAUUAGCGGUAGGAGAUUUUGUUUUUCACAGGUGAUUUUUUUUUCAUUAAAUUGAUUUAUACUGACAGGGUA